AAAACAUAUCUGAGAACAAGUCAGACAUUAACCAAUUUGUUCAAAACAAAUAAUAUUUAAUCUUUUUUCAUUGGCAAUUGGGGGUGAUAACCAUAUAUAAAAAGCAACUCAAGCGUUUAGCGACAUAAAAGGUAUUAUCUAGCAAAUGGCGAAGAAUAUGAAUUCCGUUGGGCUUUUCUUGGCAAUCAGCUUGAUUGGAUGCCUUAUAACGCUUUCUCAUCAAGAGACUGCGCCAUGCGCGCUGAAAAAGUAUAACACUGGCCUCGUGUGCGUCUGCAAUUCGCAUUAUUGUGACUAUUUGGAUGAUCCGACACCGAGCGAAGAGUUUGUGUUUGCCGCUGUCUCUUCAUCGAAGGCGGGUCUGCGUUUCGCGACGACACAUGGCCAAUUUAAUCUCUACAAAAAAUACUAUAUUUUCGAUCAUGAUCAACUUCUCGGCAGAUCCAUGCAAGCACCGGCGGGUGGAAGUGCUCAAAUAGAAGUCGAUCGUGAGAAACGCUGGCAAAAGACGCAAGGGUUUACUGGUUCCAUUUCCGACUCAAUUGAACAUAUUUUACAAAAUUUCCCAAAAACAUUGCAAAAACACAUCUAUCAAUCCUUCUUUACGGAACUUGGCAUUGGCGUCGAUUUCAUGCGCAAUCUGGGCUCUGGCGUCGGUGAACACUAUUUAAAGAAUUCGAAUGCUAUUUUCGGUUCUUGGGAGCGCGGUGAGCAGUUUGCACAUGCCUUACUACAAAAUCUGGAGAAAGAUCCGAAUGAACGUAUAAACUGCAACACUUUGUUGGAUCAAGAGCAUGGCGAUGCGCCAAUGAUUGCCAAUACCACAAACCAUAAUGAGGUUUACAAACAACCGCUGUUCUAUACAAUGGGUCAUUUCACCAAAUUCAUUGCUGGUGGUUCCGUACGCAUUGCUGCUGACAAUAAAAAUCCGGAUGUGGAUGCGCUUGCCUUUUUGAAACCGGAUAAUAGUGUGGUCGUAGUGAUCUUGAAUCGCAAUUCGUUUAGCGUUGAUGUUGGCAUUCAAGAUACCUAUCGUGGAGCUGUUUUAUUCAAAAUCCCUCCAAAAUCGAUACACACUGUUCUAUAUGUGUAAAUAUAUAUAUAUAUAUAUAUAUAUAUAUAUAUAUAUAUAUAUAUAUAUAU